AUGAAAGACUAUAAGAUUAGACUUUUCUCUAUAACUUUAGAUUUCAAAUGUUUUUAUCAACAUCAGGUUUUUAUACCCGCUUGUGCCUUUUUGGGCGCGAGUAUACUGCCCAUGCUGAUCGCCAGUUUUGUAUUUUCCAAGGUCUGGGAAACGAAGCUGGCUCAGUAUAAUUGUUCCCUAAAAGGCACAAGGGAGUAUAUUUUAAGUCUUGUAAAGAUUAGGUGUGCUAAAAGCCAAGAAUUAUGUAGCUUCUUAAAAGAUAUGACAAAUUUUUUAGUUAAAGCAUUAAUGAUGCAAAUAAUAAAAGACGAAGCAACAAGAGAUGAAUUAUAUAAAAUUUCAUUUCUAAAUAAUUUUAAUGCAGCAAUAAUAAUAUUUUACAAAAACUUUAUUAAUUAA